AACAAGGAUGGCAGAUAUUGAGCUCAACUCAGAGGUUAUUUGGGAAAAAGUCUCAAUGGAAGAAGGAGAUAAAGCAAGCUCUGUCUCAAACCUACCAGAAAGUGAAGAUGCAAAUUCGGCAGUACCGACCACCUCAGGGAACGGGCCUGCAAGACCGUCAGAUGGGGGCAACCCCAAUUCUGAAAGUCAUGCUGACAUAAAGACUGAAGUUACAAAGGCCACAGCCGACGGUCUUCUCUCUCGUACCACCGUCCAUAAGGGUGAUAUGCAAAGAGGACAGACAGGACCAUCACAAGGGGAUGAAGUGCACAAAGAUGGCAUCCCUGGGUCUGAAAUUCACUCUGGAGCGGAAACAGACACGGCUGGGGCAUUCCCCUCGGGUGUCCCGUUUGACCGAGUCUCACUGAAGAAGAGGGCCAAGGCGAAAGGGCCUCCACCACCUGUUCCAAAAAAGCCGAAAAUGCCUCACGGGCAUAUGCAAGCCUUGGAGGCUCAGAGGAUUCGGAGGCAUGACCUGCAUUCCGACAGCGAGAGGGAUGCCGAGAGGACCAUGACGCCCUAUGAGAUAGAAUCGCCAGAAGAACUGAUGGAAGUAAACCAGCUAAGACGGCGUGAUCUGGUGUUAGUGGGCAGCGCCUUUACAAUCCCUUCAGACCACUUUAACCCUGAUGUAGAAGAUCCUGCAUCAUCCCAGCCUGAUUUUAAGGAGUAUGAGAAUAUAAAGGAUGGUCCAGGGGUGACAUGGGAGAACGAGCCAGACCAUCUCGCUUUUGCCGCCUGCUUGCCGGAGUCUAUCGGGGUGAGGAGAUCACGCAACAGGACGAGGGCAGAUGUCGCGGGAGCAGAUUACUGCAGGGGGACUACUCAUAUGGACUUAGUCUCCAUUCUGUCUGAAGGUGAGCUAGCAAAUGUUGCUCAUUUUGGGCCGGAAACAUACUCAGAAAAAAGACAAAGAACACAAUAUGAUGACAGUCACAGUGAUUUUGGGGGCCACAACAAUGUGGAGGGAAGAGGACUAAGAACAGCUUUUGAUAGAGGCAAUCAGAUGAUGGGAUAUCAGCAGGAAACAGACAUUCCCCCCGAUGUAGAUUUAAUGGGGUAUGACAUCGCCUUCUUGGGGGAUUUGCAUUACUUGCCAGAAAGGAGGGUGAAGGGCCCCCCUCCGCCUGUCCCCAAAAAGCCCAAAUUACGUCUACCUCUAUCUGAAGUUGACCGCUACCUAGCCUUGCUUUUGGCUGACUCAGAGGCAGACCCACAGUCUAUGAACCUGUACAGCCCGGAGCCUGAUCUCAAGCUACAGGACACAGGGACUGAGAUGGAGCAGGUUUCCAGGCCCGACUCGAGGAGCACAAGCCCUGCUCGGGCUGAGGCCAAGCCCAGCCUUGCUGUCCCCAAAGCCCGCGUCCCGCACGGUCCCAGGGACGUUCCUGGGCUCCUCAAGGAGACAAUUCAGAUACAAGAAAAGAGUAAGAGCUGGAUGAGGCUUGAAGAGGCAAGGAAGGGCGAGCAGACUGUGAAGGUGGCACAGAUGAAGAGUGCCUUUGACCCCCCAAAGAAGUCGGCAGUACCUGAGACGGCUUCUGCACCAAAAAAGGACAUGUUCAGGCGAGUCGUCCGGCAGAGCAAGUUCCGCCACGUCUUCGGCCAGGCGGUAAAGAACGAUCAGUGCUACGACGACAUCCGCGUGUCGCGCGUCACCUGGGACAGCUCCUUCUGCGCCGUCAAUCCAAAGUUUGUGGCCAUCAUCAUCGAGGCCAGCGGGGGCGGAGCCUUCCUAGUCCUCCCAUUGCACAAGACUGGUCGCAUCGACAAGUCGUACCCCACGGUGUGCGGGCACACGGGGCCCGUGCUGGACAUCGACUGGUGCCCCCACAAUGACCAGGUCAUCGCCAGCGGCUCCGAGGACUGCACAGUCAUGGUGUGGCAGAUUCCGGAAAAUGGCCUGGCCAGCUCCCUGUCCGAGCCAGUGGUGGUGCUGGAGGGGCAUUCCAAGAGGGUUGGCAUUGUGACGUGGCACCCGACAGCCCGGAAUGUUUUGCUCAGCGCGGGUUGCGAUAACCUGAUCAUCAUCUGGAACGUGGGCACGGGUGAGGCGUUGAUCAACCUGGAGGACAUGCACCCCGACGUCAUCUUCAGCGUCUGUUGGAACCGCAACGGCAGCCUCAUCUGCACGGCCUGCAAGGACAAGAAGGUCCGCGUCAUCGACCCGCGCAAGGAGCAGAUCGUGGCGGAGAAGGACAAGGCACACGAAGGAGCCCGGCCUAUGAGAGCCAUCUUCCUGGCUGACGGACAAGUCUUCACCACGGGCUUCAGCCGAAUGAGCGAACGGCAGCUGGCGCUGUGGAACCCGCGGAACAUGGACGAGCCCGUCACCGUGCACGAGAUGGACACCAGCAAUGGUGUCCUGCUACCCUUCUAUGACCCCGACACCAACAUGGUCUACCUGUGUGGGAAGGGGGACAGCAGCAUCCGGUACUUCGAGAUCACGGACGAGGCUCCCUUCGUCCACUACCUCAACACCUUCAGCACCAAGGAGCCCCAGCGGGGCAUGGGAUUUAUGCCCAAGAGGGGUCUCGACGUUAACAAGUGUGAAAUCGCCAGGUUUUACAAACUGCACGAGAGGAAGUGUGAGCCGAUCAUAAUGACCGUACCCAGGAAGUCGGACCUGUUCCAGGAUGAUUUGUACCCCGAUACGUCUGGACCAGACUGCGCCCUGGAGGCGGAGGAAUGGUUUGGGGGCAAGAACGGGGACCCGAUCCUCAUCUCCCUAAAGCAUGGCUACAUCCCUGGCAAGAACCGUGAUCUCAAGGUGGUCAAGAAGAAUGUUCUAGAGAACAAGCCGGCCAAGAAGACUGAGAACACGGCGCCUGCCCACAAGCCCGUGUCCUCCACCCCAUCUAUACAAAGCGAGGCCAAGCUGGAUGAGAUCCUGAAAGAAGUGAAAACCCUCAGGGACCUCAUCGGCAAUCAGGAGAAGAGAAUCGCCAAACUCGAGGAUCAGAUGUCCAAGAUUUCAAUCUAAGGACCCCACCCAGCCAGUACCCAACUCUCUCUCUCUCUCUCUCUCUCUCUCCUCCCAAUCCCAUCGCCUCCACCAUCAUUCAGGACAAUCCAUUGGCUGGGAAUGGCAGGGUGGGCGGGGCCUCUCACUGCCAGUCAUGACGACAGCAUUUGGCUUGAAGCCUACCCGGCCGGGAUCCAGACAACAUUCCAAUAUGGACCUUUUCCUUACCUUAAACCUCCCCCCCCCCCCCCCCCCCUACAAAAAACAGGGGCGUGGAGAGUAAAACAAACUUGCAGUCGAUUGUCUACCUUUUAAUUGGGGAUGGGGUCAAAACGUACAUUUUAAUAACUGGCAGUUUUUCUUUUUUCAUGGUCUUACUUUAUUAUUUUUUAAUUGUGACCAAGAACAUUCUGACGUGAACAAUUUGUACUUACUGUGGUAUACUCAGAUGUUAUAUACAUGCAGAAUACAGCUAUCAGUAUUGCAUUUUCCCUUAACGUUGCCAAAUUUGAAUGUUUUGUUUACAUUGCUCCCUUACAGUAUUUUGUUGGCUUUUUUCCUGCAUUCCAUGUGUUCUAUAAGGGACAAUGCAACGGGAUGGUAUAGAUCUAUGGAUUUUCCUACUAUAAAGCUCACAGUAGGAAAUAUUAGUUUUUUUUUUUUUACUCGGCUUACUGGGGGGAACAAUGUUCUGUUGGAUGAUAGUAAUUUUCUUUUUCCUUGUCCAUUUCUUCGAUUUUAACUGUAUGCUAUGGAGGCACCGUUAAAAUGGAUGGCCUGUCUUCUGUAACCGUUUUGCCGUGAGCCUAUCCGCGUCCCCCCCACCCCGACGGCUCUGUGAGGUGUUGUCGGCAGCAGGGAGGUGCGCAGAUCUGUUGCCAGGGCGAUGACGUGUUCUCGGGGGACUUCUGUGAGCACGUGCAUCUAGUAAACAGCCUCCGGCCACCAUCUGUGCAUGCAAUAAAGAUUUUACUCGUGGAAAAACGAA